GUUUAUGAUGCAAACAUGCCAAAAUUUCAGCUUUGCUGUUAAUUUUCCAGAGGCCUGUGAUAUGAUUCUGGAAGUGGCUGUGAUUGAGAACUUACAGGCAGAGCAGAUGAUGAAGAAGGUGUUUGUGUUCACCGACUUUGCAUCCGGCUGCCACUGGAAGACUAAGUAUGAGGAAGUACGCACCAAGUUUAAGGAGCAAGGGUAUGAGGAUGAUGCAAUUCCACAAGUUUUGAUUUGGGGUCUUUUUGACUUGAACAUGCCUAGUAUAGAAGAACCUCAUCCAGGGCUGACUGUGUUGAGUGGCUUCUCCGACAAUUUGAGCAAGUUAUUCUUGGACAAUGGUGAAGAAAUUGGCCCGCACCAACUCAUGGAAGCAGCCAUCGCUGACAAAGAGUAUCAAGCUCUCCGUGUGGUGGAGCAGCCAUCGCUGACAAAGAGUAUCAAGCUCUCCAUGUGGUGGACUGAAACUUCAUACUUUGAGGUUGGGCUUUAUCGUGCUCGAAGAUUGGCACAGGGGCAGUCAAUUAAGAUACAUCUCUUUGCUGCAUUGCCUGUUCAGAUUGAUGGGGAGCCUUGGUUUCAGCAACCUUGUACAUUGGCUAUAUCUCACAACCGCCAGGCCCUUCAUGUUGAAGAGGGCUGCUGAGGAGCCACUUGGUCAUGCUGCCAUUGUCACUGAUAUUCUUGAGAAUGCCGAGACCAACUAUGUAAUAAGUGCUGUGCAGAAGCGAGCUCUUCUUCAAGAUAUGGCGCUGAGGCUGACUUAGAAGUUUCCUCUAGCUGCUUAGAUUAGUAAUCAAAGUUUUGAUUGUAUCUUCCUUUUGUUUCUUUCAGAAAUAUUGACAUGUCGUAUAUCACCACAUGUAUCUUUCUUUUUGUGGUUUUAAUAGGAUGCUUCUAGUUGGAGCAUGGUUGUAAAUGAACCUUGUUGAACGUCAAUGGAAAGGGAACUUCACACAGUUUUGUUGA